GAGUUUAUCGUGUGUCCAGGUUCAUGGCAGUCUGCUAGCAGAUGUGGUGAAGUGAAUAUAUACAUUCCAGCAACAGGAUGUUACUAAAUCUGUUGCUUAUAUUAUCUUUAUUGACUUUCGAAGUUUUAGCUUCGAAAAAGUUUCUUUUAGUCGAUAAACUGAGACUGGACUUCCACGAUCUUGAAAAGGAAUUGUGGUCUAGCACUACAGAUGAUGAAACUGCGUUAGUAAGGAGGUUUUACGAAUAUGAUCAAAAAUUACAGCAGGUACCCGAAGACAUAAUUGAAAGCUUGGAACCUUUGACACAUUUACCAGCUUUUCUAAACUUGUACGCCGAAUUGAAGGCUAUUCAUUACAACUACGAAAGUUUCAGGGAAUAUCAGAAAGGUCUGCUUUCCAAGCUAGAGGACCACGAGUAUAUAUCCCUUGACAGUAUAUUAUACCAUGUGAGAAAUAAAAAAAGCGGCACGAAAGUAUCGAUAGAGCGAAUUUUUGAAAUUAGUGGAAUUCUGGCAAAUGGAACUAAAAAUGAUACUUUGAUGAUACAAAUACCGGCGAUUUUGUGGAAUAGUUUUUGGUGCAAGAACUACCAACAGUCACCGCAACAGCUCAGCUAUAACCUGUACAAUGUUUUCACGUUGGCUAACCUGAAAGCUUAUGUCAUGGAACAGUUUACUUGUUUUAUUAAAAAACUAUUUCAAGAAGAUGACGCUUUGAAGCAAGCGGAAAUAUCAAGAAAAGCAUACGAAAAACGAGUGAAAAGUACAGUGAGUUUUCUAGAUUUCGCCUUGCCCAACGACAUUUGGAAAUGUGAUCCAAAACGAUUCAAAGAAGGUAAAAACUUCGAACAAUUUACGCUGUUUCUUCAGGGCCACAUACAGAACGAGGCGGACAUGAGUCCGUCGAAAACUUGCAGAAACACUUGUUCCAAUUAUUAUUCCACCAAAAGAGAGACCUGUUACGAUCACACGAGCCUGUUCUGUCAAAAAGAACGACAGUGCAACGGAAGAAUAUACGAAUGUAUUUUUAUCGAAUCCAACGCAGAUGUCUGUCUAUCGACUUCGCCAUUGAGAAAAUACGAAUUUGUCAAAUACAAGAGCGGACGAACUUUGGGCAAAAAUAACUUUUGCAGCCAUUUAUUGCCUAUAAAAAGUUGGACUAGAUGGUUCGUCCGAUGUCACUACUGCAUGUGUAUAUGCGACGAUAAACACGUGUUAUCUGACAGAUACAUAAGUCUAAGAUCUGUCAACGCAGACACAGAAUAUAACAGAGUUAUCACAGGUGUGAGAGUGGUAAAAAAGAACAAAAUCAUUCACAUACAAAUCCAAGAAGGUAAAUUAUUGCCCUACGGUUUGAUCGAUCAGAAUACAGUACGGUGGAAACCAGUUGAUGAUUACAAAAUCACAGAUCCUGGGGUAUACAACAAAAAAGACUAUUUUAUGCUGACUUAUUCAGAAAGAAGUAUGGCUUUAGAUGAUAUACAAGAAACCAUGGAAGGUUAUGUCGUAACAGGAGUACGCUUCAAUUUAAUAAACGGAAGAAUUUAUUUUGUGGUCCAUUUCAAUUUGUUCAAUUGGGCCAAUGGUACAGUAGAGCAGAAGAAAGGUCAUGAUGUAUACGGAACUACCCAAAGGAGGUCGAAAAUCGAUCUGAAAAAGGCCGACGUGCCUACGAAAUCACCGGGUCCGCCCUCCAUGGUAAAUUUCGGUAGUUCCGGGCAGUACUUGGAGUUUACGCACACAGAUUUCGAAAGGGAUGUGGCACAGACGGCGAUUCCGUUUUUCGACGCUCAAGAGGUGGUCGCCAAGCCAGCCGUACCUUUAAUGGGAGCCGGAAUUUUAUACAGAGGACGGGAAUCUUACGGCGGUUUCGUAACGCCGAUAAUAAAGACCUACGACUAUAUAAAACACCUAGAUAAUUUCGUUUCUGACAAAUGGGUUUUCCAUCAAAGCGACAAGAACCUCGAUAUCAGCGUCUUAUCAACUAGCCAAAGUUUAUCAAUCGCCCACAACGAUGUUCAUGAAAGAGAAAAAAAAGAGUAUAUCCAGUUCUUUUUCGGAACUGUGAUGGUACACACACAAUUUAAAAUGUUUCGAAUAAUUUCAUUAUUUCUUCUCGCGGGCGCGAUUGUUUGUAACGAUGUAAUUUUGGUGGACAGACUAAGAAUGGAAUUCCUGAAUAUGGAAGAAGAAUUGUGGAAGUACGUGCUGUGGGAAACACCGAAUAUCGAUCUCGGUGAUUCGGAGUUGUAUUUGGUGAACAAGUUUAGUGAAUACGAUGAAAGAAUUAAACAGAUGCCUGAAGAUAUUCUACUGGGCCUAAACCCUAUCAAGCAUAUCCAUUCCUUCAUACUGCUCUAUCCAGAAUUGAGACAGACCGAAAAUCUGUACGAAAAAUUCAGGCAGUAUUUGCAAGAUCAAAAAAAUGCCACUUUGGGCGACAAAAGAAUCAUAGAGAACAUGGUGGACUCUGAUGAAAUCAUCAGGGAUAUCUCAAACAAAAAAAUGGGUGCUAAUGUGACAGUUCAUAACGUCUACGACCUGACGUUUGGUAGCGAGAACAUGAUUCUGAAAAUAUUCGAAUUCCUUGAAGACGACUACUACUGCAAAGACAUGUUCCAGUCUCAGAGACAGGUGUACUACAAUUUGUACAAUGCUGUAGCUUUGAAUGGCCUUAAAAGUUACGUGAUGCUACAAUUCGUUAAUCUGAUGAGACAAGUUGAACAAGGAGGAAAAGGGAAUUACACUGACGAAGCAAUAAUAAUCAGGAACAAUUUUGAAAGACGAGUUAACGAAACCAUGACAGUCUUUCGAGGUGCCAUGGAAUUAGCAACUGAUAAACUAUGGAGGUGUGACCCAAAAUACCACAGUUUAGGAGAAACAUACGACGAAUUCACUAGACUGCUUCAAGGGCACGUGCAGAAUGAAGUUGACAUGAACCCGCGAGGUACAUGUACCAAGAACUGCGCAGCUUACUACACGAGCAAAAAUUACGGUUGUUACGAUGAAGACAGCGAUUACUGCACGAAUAUGGAGAAGUGCAACGGCAAAAUUUUCGGCUGUAACUUCAUCGAAAGCCACAUGGAAAUUUGCACAUCUAAAACACGCAGCAGAAGAUACAAUUUUAUAAAAUUCGAGAGCGGCAAGUACUACGGAAAGCAGUCAAGUUGCUGGAAGAAACCAGUUGACAGUUGGUACCGAUGGUUCUUUCACUGUUCCUACUGUAUGUGCCUUUGCGACGACCCCAACAUCAAUUCUGACAGAUUCAUCAACUUGAGACCUGUCCUAUCAGACACCAAAAAGAACAGGGUUGUCACAGGUGUGAGAUUUGUCAAAAUUGACAGAAUAAUGCAUAUUCAAAUACAGGAAGGGCAACUGUUGCCCUUCGGAUACAUCAAUCAAUCGACAGUUCACUGGGUACCUGUCAAUAGCUACAAAAUAACAGACACCGGCGUUUUUGAAGGUAGAGAUUUCUACAUGAUGUCAUACGAGAAAAGAUCUAUGGCACUGGAUGAUGUAAAAAUUGACAAACUGAACUAUGUAGUUACUGGUGUCAAAUUUCAGGUUGUUGAUAGUAAAUUGAGACUGCAAAUACAUAUUAACCCUGUUGAUUGGAAUGCAGGUUUGGUACUAAAAAGUGCUGACAAUUAUGUGUAUAAAGCAACUGGUGGAGUAAACAAGGUGUCGGUAAGUUCGAAUGCAGACAUCCCAACACUGGCCAAAAACACUGAAGUGGACAUAGGCAACAAUGCAUACGUCGAGUUCACUCAUACAGGCUUCGAAGCUGACGCAGCCCAGACCACCAUACCCUUUAUCGACAUCCAACCAGUCUACAACGACCCAGCGGUGCCUUUGAAGGGCGUAGGGGUACAGUACCGAGGUACGAAGGGUUACGGAGGGUUCAUCGCACCCACAAUACACUCGUACGACUUUAGCAAGCUAUUGCUUGUUAGAUUUCCAAAGUACGACUUCAGAACUAACUCGCCUUAUGAGAUAGAAGUCAACUAGGGUCAAGAAAAUCAGUGAAAAUACUGAACGU